AUGGGACAACGACAAUUAUUUUGCCUGGGUCGAGCAUUGUUGAAGAGGAGGAAGAUAUUAGUGCUGGAUGAAGCUACCGCAUCAAUUGACAAUGCAACAGAUUCAAUCAUCCAAAAAACUAUAAGGACAGAAUUUGCAGACUGCACUGUAAUCACAGUUGCUCACAGAAUACCAACCGUUAUAGACUACACUAUGGUUCUUGCUAUUAGCGAUGGAAGAUUAGUAGAGUAUGACAAGCCAAUGAAGCUACUGAAUAAGGAGGGCUCACUAUUUGGGCAACUUGUGAAGGAGUACUGGUCUCAUUCCAGAAAUGCCAGCGGGCUCUCAGAAGAUUGGUAG